AUGAGUUUUCUAUGGGAUUGGUUCACAAGUAUUCUCUCUUCACUGGGUUUGCAUAAAAAGAGUGGUAAACUUGUCUUUCUUGGUCUUGAUAAUGCUGGCAAAACUACUCUGUUGCAUAUGCUCAAAGAUGAUCGACUUGCACAGCACGUACCUACUCUACAUCCAACCUCAGAAGAAUUAGUGAUGGGAAAUAUGAAAUUUACAACAUUUGAUUUAGGUGGUCAUGCUCAAGCGCGUCGUGUUUGGAAAGAUUAUUUUCCUGCUGUUGACUCAAUCGUGUUUCUUGUUGAUGCUGUUGAUCGAACGCGUUUUGCUGAGGCGAAAGCUGAACUUGAUAGUUUAUUAACAGACGAACAAGUCGCUAAUGCACCUGUUGUUGUCCUUGGAAACAAAAUAGAUUUACCGGGAGCUGUUAGCGAACAAGAACUUCGCUAUGUACUUGGAAUUUCUACAGCAACGACUGGCAAAGGAAAUGUAGCACGUGCGGACAUCGCCGGCCGUCCGAUGGAAUUAUUUAUGUGUAGUGUACUGAGACGUGAGGGUUACGGUGAAGCAUUUCGAUGGUUAUCACAAUAUUUGUAG